GAAGUGUGGGGAGCGUCACUUCCGGGAAGACGUCACCGUCGCCGCCGGAAGUCGCUGGACGCUGUUCUUGCGCCGCUCGGAAGCGCCUCUGGCUUCCUUCCCGCCGGUGCGGACGCGAAGGAGACCCGUCCGGCGGCCCGUUGCCAUGGUGUUCUACUUCACGUCCAACGUUGUUCCUGGCGCUGCUUACACAAUUUACAUGGGAAAAGAUAAAUACGAAAAUGAAGACCUAAUAAAACAUGGCUGGCCGGAAGAUAUUUGGUUCCAUGUGGACAAGCUCUCCUCUGCCCAUGUCUACCUCCGGCUGCACAAGGGGCAGACGAUGGAGGACAUCCCAAAGGAGGUUUUGAUAGAUUGCGCCCACCUGGUGAAAGCCAACAGCAUUCAAGGCUGCAAAACGAAUAAUGUCAACAUUGUGUACACUUCCUGGGCCAACUUAAAGAAGACGGCAGAAAUGGACGUGGGGCAGAUCGGGUUUCACAACCAGAAGGACGUGAAGAUUGUCACGGUGGAGAAGAGGGUGAACGAGAUCCUGAACCGGCUGGAGAAGACCAAAGUGGAGCGGUUCCCGGACCUGGCUGCCGAGAAGGAAUCCCGCGACCGGGAGGAGAGAAACGAGAAGAAAGCCCAGAUCCAGGAGAUGAAGCGGAAAGAGAAGGAGGAGGUGAAGAAGAAGAAAGAGAUGGAAGAGCUCAGGAGUUACUCUUCCUUAAUGAAAGCGGAGAACAUGUCCUCCAACCAGGACGGCAACGACUCAGAUGACUUCAUGUAAACCAAGGCACCCUCCUCUUGGACGAUGAAGACGGACCUGAGCUCUUCGCUGUCGGUGCCAAAAAUAAGCAAGCGAACUUGGGAGUCUCUGUGCCCGUUUCAUCAUUCUGGCUGGCGUCCGGGAGGAGGUGGGCGGCUCCCCUUCCUGGACAGACGCUCUGUGGCUGCCACCUUCCAGUUCCAGAGCCGCGAGGAGGCGUGCACCUUUCCAGGGGAACUUGGGGAGGUUCUGGCGGCUGUGGCUUUUCAUGCCCGAAGCCUCCUGGGGAGCAGACCGUGACCUUAGAAUCGGAGUCUGUGACCUGAAUCUUCAUUUCACAGUGUUUGGGUUUAGGGUAUUUUUUUCUUAAGUGAUGGGUUUGUGGUCCCCCUCCUCCCUUUGGUCGAGUGCACCUGUGUCAAGAGUCUGGUUCUCUCUUUAAACUCUGUAGGAAUCUGCUCAGCACAGCUGCGUCACCUGUGCUGUAAAAUGCUUGCCUGGAUCUCAAGAGCAUCGCUCAUUUGAGCAGUCAUGUAACCAGGGGGGUGGGAUGGGACUUCCAUUCCAGGGCCCCACAAAGCUCACUGCCCCUGUUCAAGUAAAACUGGACUUCUGUGUGAUCUCUGUGCAGCCCACUGGUUCCCUGAGCAAGGCCAGCUGUGGGAUCAUCCCAGGGCUCUGGCGGCAGAAUUGGACCUCUCCACCCUCGGCUACCAGCACCCGCCUUGUGAGGGACUCCUUGCUUGCUUCUCUUCUGCCUGUUGCCCUAGUAGCAGCAGCUCAGGAAAAGCUCUCCUUUGACUGAUCCCUCCAUAGCAAACUUCAACCGCUCCUUUUUCACUCUUUUUUAAAGGCUGGCAACGUGAUUCUCAGUAUGCUUUCUUUCUGCAGUUAGGCAAUCUGUCUGUCUCUCUGUGUCUUUUCCCCGCCCCCACCUGCGUUUUGGCUUUUUCUCCCCUUCACUUCUCGUCCUCGGCGUCUCAUUUGCAAAGCUUGGGGGUUGCAGAGGGUGUCCCUCCGACUAGCAGGGCUCACAGCUGUUUGGUUCGCCUCAGUGGGGAAGGUUGCAAGAUGCAAGAUGCUCAAGCGGGGGCAUCAUAGUUCCUCUCUGAAGUUUUCCAAAGCGGAGAAGCAGCUGCUUUUUUAGACCAGACUGGGGGGGCUCAGAUUGUGGGGGUUUAGUUCCCAGUUCCUCCAACAGCGUCAGGACUGCCCUCGUCCGCUCCAGAGGCUCGAAGUUCCUACCACAAGACCUGACUCCAAGCUCCCAGAAAACGCCUUUCACGUUGCCAUGGGGUCAGGACCAACCACGUGCUCCUGCUGCCCCAUCGGCGACCUUAGAGGAAGAAGCGCCAAACUCAGCCCAGGCCAGCCUUCCCCAACAUGAUGCCCUCUUGAUGUUUUGGAUUAUGGCUGUAGUCACACAGCCCCACUAGCUGGAAUUUUGUUUGGGGUGGGUGUCAGGUUGGGGAGUGUCUGGCCUAGGGCUUCCCCUACUACCUCCAUCGUGUCUACAGAUCAGCGCUCUGCCUGACCUCAAGAACGACCCUAGAGGAUGUUAAGUGUGUCUGUCUGAACCUUCACAUGUGUGCAGUCCGCAUGGGCGGCUCAGCAUUCCCUUCUGUGAGAAAUGGGAUCUUUGGCGCAGAGUUAACGCACAUUGCCUGAAUGUGUGCCUGUUGCUGCAACCCUGAUGCCUAAUAAAAAAAAACUUGCGCACCAAGA